AUGGGUAGCAUUAGUCCCCACGUGGCAGUCAUAGGGGCUGGGUUUGCGGGUCUCAGAUGCGCCGACAUUCUCGUCCAGAAUGGAGCCAGAGUGACCGUCUUCGAGGCACGAGAUAGAGUCGGAGGAAGGGUUCAUCAAACGCAGAUCCACAAUCACACUAUUGACCUUGGUCCCAACUGGAUCCAUGGCACUGGAACCAACCCGAUGGCCACUCUUGCAGAAACUACCAACACCACUACUACCGAUUUUGAAGAGGAGCUGCUUCUCAUCGCCGCAGACGGGAAGCCAGUUAGUCGGGCUGUUGCCAACAAGAUAUCAGAGUUUUUGUGGGCCUCCAUCGAGGAAGCUUUUGAGUAUAGUAACGCCCACAAAGACACGAUCUCCCCGGAUAGGAGCCUGCUCGACUUCUUCCGAGAACGAGUCGACGGUUCAGACUUCACCCCGGAGGAAAAGCACCUGUUCAUCGAGACUAGCAGAAUGUGGGGUGUGUAUGUAGGUGACGGUGUCGAUCGACAGAGCUUGAAGUUCUUCUGUCUGGAAGAAUGUAUCGACGGAAGCAAUUCAUUCGUGGCAUCCACCUACAAAGCAAUCCUGGAGCACGUUUCCAGGGCCGCUCUCCAGCACGCGGACCUCCGUCUGAACCAGCCAGUCGUGAAAAUCGAGUCAAAGCCUCGCGCACACGAGACUGGUUCCUCGCGCAAUGUAUGGCUAACCACCGCAGCAGGAGAGACAGCUCGAUUCGAUGAAGUGGUAGUGACCACCCCAUUGGGCUGGCUCAAGCGUAACAAAUCCGCUUUCACCCCAGAGCUGCCUCCACGUCUCACCCAAGCUAUCGACAGUAUCUCCUACGGCCGACUCGAGAAAGUCUACGUCACCUUCCCAACAGCCUUCUGGCACACAAGCAACACAUCGGUCACCACCAACAGCAACAAUCCCACCACCAACGCCACCUUCGUCCAAUUCCUCGACCCCAACUACACCGCACGCCCCGAAUCCAUAACCUGGAACCAAGAGUGCGUCUCCCUCGCAGCACUCCCACCGCACUGCGCCCACCCAACCCUCCUCUUCUACACCUAUGGACCCUGCGCAACACACAUCGUCUCCAACCUCGCCAACCUACCCCCCACCUCCCCAGAAUACCACACCAUCCUCGACACCUUCCUCCACCCCUUCUACUCCCGCCUCCCAAACUACACCGCCUCCUCCCCAUCCUGCAAACCCCUCGCCUUCAUCGCCACCCAGUGGCAGAACGACCCCUACGCCGGAAACGGCUCCUACUGCAACUUCCAAAUCGGCCUGCAGCAAGGCGACCGCGACAUCGAGGUUCUGCGCGCCGGGCUCGGCGCAGACAGAGGCGUGUGGUUCGCGGGCGAGCAUACCGCGCCGUUCGUGGCGGUUGGGACGACGACGGGCGCUUACUGGAGUGGAGAGCGCGCUGCGGGCCAGGUUUGUGAGGUUUAUGGGCUUGGGAGACUUGGUUUGGGUGUGCUGAGGGAUGAUUCUUUGCCGUCGGCUGGAGGGGAUAAGGGGAGUCUUGUUGAUGAUGAUGUUGUUUCUGGUGUUAAUUGA